UUUUUUUGCAAGUACAAACCGAUUUAAAACACAGUAACAAAUUCUUUCCUUUUCCCUCCGUCUGGGUUUUGUCUCUCACCUUUUCCUCUUCUCUCGUCGUUUCAAUUUUUUUCUCCUCAACUAAUAUUUACCGUUCCACCCCUAUCACCUCUUUCAGAUCCAUUAUCAAUUCUCACAAUCUCUAUUUUUAGGGUUUUAACAUCUCACCACUCUGUCUCUCUUUUCCUUUCUCUCUGAUCUAUUUUUUCAUAAACUCACAAAAAUCGUACAAUACCUGCAUAUUCUCAACUUAUUUCAAUCUAGUCCUUCACAGGAUUAUUCCGUACAUAAGACAGACUAGUGAUUAGAUUUUAGAAGAAGUUAGUUUGUUUUUAAGCAGAAAUGUUGGGGACAGGAUUGCAGUUAACGCGGGGACGAGGAGAAGAGGAUCGGUUCUGUAAUGCCGUGAAAGCGCGCAAAGCUCACCGGACCGAUCAACUCCGUAGAGCACGAAGCGAUGUUACUGACGAUAAACCGGUUGAGAACCGGACCGAUGAUUUAGAGCACUUGACUAAACCGGUAAAAGUUGCUGUUCCGGCUUCUGAGAGUAACCUGGAUCGAUUUUUGGAGUCGAUCACGCCUUCUGUUCCUGCACAGUAUCCGUCCAAGACGACAAUGCGGGGAUGGAGAACGUGUGAUGUCGAAUUCGAGCCGUAUUUCGUGCUGGGUGACUUGUGGGAAUCUUUUAAAGAAUGGAGUGCUUAUGGUGCAGGAGUGCCUUUAAUUUUGAAUGAUAGUGACUGUGUUGUUCAAUAUUAUGUUCCUUAUCUUUCUGGUAUUCAAAUAUAUGCCGAUUCUACAAAAAUGCCUCCCAAGUCAAGGCGAUUGGGUGAGGAUAGUGACAGUGAUUUUAGGGAUUCAAGUAGUGAUGGAAGCAGUGAUUAUGAGCAUGAAAGAGGAGUGAAAUGCUCAAGGGAUCAAUUGAAUCAUCAUCAUGUAACAGAUGACUUUCCUCUUAGAAUCGAUAGAUUAUCGUUGAGAGAUCAACACGUUGCCCAUAAAGAGGACUUCUCCGGUGAUGAGGGUGAAUCUGUGAAUUGUCAAGGUUGCUUGCUAUUUGAGUAUCUUGAACGAGACCCUCCCUACAGCCGGGAACCAUUAGCUGAUAAGAUAUUGGAUCUUGCCUUCCGUUUCCCUGAGCUGAAGAUGCUAAGAAGUUGUGAUUUAUUACCUUCAAGUUGGAUUUCUGUGGCCUGGUACCCAAUUUACAGAAUACCCACCGGACCAACUUUAAAAGAUCUGGAUGCUUGCUUCCUUACAUAUCAUUCUCUUCAUACCUCAUUGGGAGGUGGGCGAGUUGCACAGGCUCCUUUAAUGACAUAUCCCAGUGAAGCGGAUGGUAUGCCCAAGAUAUCCUUGCCUGUUUUUGGUUUCGCUUCCUAUAAGUUCAAGGGGUCCUUGUGGACCUCUAAUGGUGGAGGUGACCGCCAGCUGGCAAACUCGCUAUUGCAGGCUGCUAGCAAAUUUUUGAGACUGCUUCAGGUCAAUCAUCCAGACUUCUUGUUUUUCUGCCGAGGUGAUACAAAGAUAUGACUGUUAACACACUAUGCUAGCUAGAAGUGAACCCCAUCGAUACGUUGGUUCAUGCAUAUAUACCUUACAUGUGAGUUUAACAAUGAAGACCGUGAUGAUUAGUGGAUUUGGGUGUCCUUUCUACUUGGUUUCCUGUUUUUUUUUAAUAAUUUAUGAGAAACGGGGGAAAAAAGAAAUAAAGUUGAGAAUGGUUAAGAAUGGAAGGAGUGCAAGUGCAAUAAGGCUCAAGAAUAGUGAAUAGAAAAACAGAGCUAGGAUAUGUGUGCUGCUGAAGGUCUGAGCUAAACCAAUGUAAAGAGGUGGUUGGGUUGCUGCCAGUGUAACCGAGUUUCGUCUUGCUUGUUUUCUAUAUUUUAUAUAAUGGGUAUGUCACGAUAAACCAGGCACUUUUUUAUGCUCUGAUUAUCCGUAUUUAGGAUUUAAUGUCUUGUUUUAACAUCCGGAAGGGGAUUUUGAUAGGUUGUGUUUUCAAGUUUGAGCCUACCCCAGCAAUGUAUUUUAACACUUAACUGCGUGAUAUCCUUGAGGAGUAGUGUGUUAGAAUGUUUUUGUUAUCUGUACAUUAUGAUCGGGUGAAUGGUGGUCCCAGAUUGUUUUGUUUC